AGAAAUCUUGUGAUACUUUCAUGGUUAGUAGGAUUAGCAAGCUUUGUCAACAUUCAUGUAUAUGGGACUUCGAAUUCUCAUGAAGGUACAUUUUUCAGAAAUCCUCAUUAUGAUGAUCAUAUGAGAAAAUAUCUCCUAUUUAAGGCAUUCUUUCUCCAUCAAGAUUCAGUUCCAUUGGUGUCAUCUGCACCUAUAUUAGCUCCAGCACCACAGGCUACAAUGAGAGCACAUGUUUAUCCUGUGACAUCUUACGGAGCGGAUCCUACGGGAAAAUCAGACUCCACAGAAGCAAUUCUAAAAGCAAUAGCAGAUGCAUUUCAGAUUUCAGCAGAAACUGAUGGAUCUCUUAUGGAAGGAAUCCCAAAUCUUGGAGGUGCACAGAUUUUUCUUGAAGGUGGAUCUUACCUGAUUAGCCGGCCCUUGCGAAUACCAGCUGCCAGAGCAGGAAAUCUUGUGAUUCAUGGAGGAACAUUAAGAGCGUCGGCUGAUUUUCCGACAGACGGGUUUUUGAUCGAUUUAUCAGCAAACCAGAAUGUACAAACCAAAGUGAAAGGUAGGAAAAAAACCUCAAUACCAUCAUAUAGUUAUGAGUACAUCAGCCUCAGAAGUCUUAUGUUGGAUUGUAACUACAGAGGAGGGGGCAUUAGUGUUGUGAAUUCACUUAGGACUACAAUAGACAACUGUUACAUUGCACAUUUCCGUACCAGUGGGAUUCUAGUCCAGAAAGGUCAUGAAACCUACAUCAGAAACAGUUUCCUCGGCCAGCACAUCACUGCCGGUAAACAUGAAGGCGAAAAAGAUUUCUCUGGUAUAGCGAUCAACCUAAUGGGAAACGAUAAUGCUGUCACGGAUGUGGUAAUAUUUUCUGCAGCUAUUGGGGUAAUGAUUUCAGGGCAGGCUAAUACACUAUCUGGUGUUCAUUGCUACAAUAAGGCAACUGGGUUUGGUGGUGCUGGUAUUUAUCUUAAGUUGCCUAAAUUAACACAAACCCGGAUCAUUAAUUGUUACCUUGACUACACUGGAAUCAUUGCAGAAGACCCUGUACUACUUCAUAUCUCUAGCAGUUUUUUCUUUGGUGAUGCAUAUGUUCAAUUGAAAUCAAUCAAGGGGGUUGCUAAGGGUGUCACCAUUGUUGACAACAUGUUUUCUGGAUCGAACAAGGGGGUUAGUAUCGUUCAACUGGACGAAUCCAUUAAACCAUUCAAGGAGAUUGAUCAAGUUGUGGUUGAUAGGAAUGUUGUGAAGGGAAUGAAGGUCAAAGCAACAGCUGCUAGAGGUUCAGUAAAACAUACUGGUAAAUCAUGGACAGUCGAUUUUAAUUGUGUUCUGUUAUUUCCUAACAUGAUCAAGCAUGUUCAAUAUUCGUUUAGCAGCACCAGUGGCGGCUUGUUCCCUAAUCACGCCUUGCGAAAUUCUUCGCAAAAUCGUGUUCUGAUAGAGUCAGAUGUUGCUGUACCUGCAACUGUUUUUGUUACAGUUGAUCAAGCCACAACAUUUUGAAGGUUGAUCUCUUGUACAGAAUUUUGAACAGA